AAUUCCGCGGACCGGUAGUGAAGAGCACCAAAGCUUGUUUCCGGCCACCUCAGCGGGAAGCGGAGACGCAGGCAGCUGGAUCUUCGGGAACUCAGAUAGAGGUGUAACUGCGGUCGCGGCGGAGGAAGUCGGGAGAACGUCUGCGGCCGCCGGGCCAGUGUUGGGUCCCCGAAGCCUGUGAAGAUGGUGUUGCUUACGAUGAUCGCCCGGGUGGCGGACGGGCUCCCGCUGGCCGCUUCGAUGCAGGAGGACGAACAGUCUGGCAGGGACCUUCAACAGUACCAGAGUCAGGCUAAGCAACUCUUUCGCAAAUUGAAUGAACAGUCCCCUACCAGAUGUACCUUGGAAGCUGGCGCCAUGACUUUCCACUACAUUAUUGAGCAGGGAGUUUGUUAUUUGGUUUUGUGUGAAGCUGCCUUUCCUAAGAAAUUGGCUUUUGCCUACCUGGAAGAUUUGCACUCAGAAUUCGAUGAACAGCAUGGGAAGAAGGUGCCGACUGUGUCUAGGCCCUAUUCCUUUAUUGAGUUUGAUACGUACAUUCAGAAAACCAAGAAGCUUUACAUUGACAGCCGUGCUCGGAGAAACCUAGGCUCCAUCAACACUGAACUGCAGGAUGUACAGAGGAUCAUGGUGGCCAAUAUUGAAGAAGUGUUACAACGGGGAGAAGCACUCUCGGCAUUGGAUUCAAAGGCUAACAAUUUGUCCAGUCUGUCCAAGAAAUACCGCCAGGAUGCGAAAUACUUGAACAUGCGUUCCACUUACGCCAAACUUGCAGCGGUAGCUGUGUUUUUCAUCAUGUUAAUAGUGUAUGUGCGAUUCUGGUGGCUGUGAAGUAGUGAAUCCAGUCACUGGCAAGGGUGAACCUAGAACCCGGCAGGUGUGUGUUUUCAGGAAGCUGAGCUCACAGAGAUGUGUAUUAGAAUUCCAAGUGGAACUUCUGCCUCUAAGGACCUUGCAAGAAAAGACAUGUCCUGAAAACGAAAUGUUACACCUCAUUUAAUGAAGCUUACCCCUUUGUAGAAAGUCUCUUUUGGGGGCAGAGGCUUUCUCUGGGUGCUGAGCUGUGUAUGCUAGGGAACAGUAGAUUGUUUUCUUUUGUUUUUUCCCCUCCCAGUGUUUUUACAUUUUUAAAACAGCACUGAGCGGGGCAUUUUCUUUUCUAAUGGAGCCAUCAGUGAGAUCUGGCUUAGCCAGCCUGUGCUAGCAACAGUCUGAAACUCCUUCAGAAAAGGCAGCCCUUUGGGAAGUUUUCUGACUCUGUCUGAUCAACAUUCCUUUUGUUGGUGACAUUUGUGACUUUCAGUAAUCUUGAGUUUUUGAGGGCCUUGUAAACAAGACUCCACUCUGUGAAGGUUAAUUGCUGUGCUGCGAAGAUCUUGUCUGUCGGCCCCUGUAGGAAGUUAGCCUUUGUUGUUUCCCUUUUAUGAUAUUUUGCUUAUUGCACAACUGCUUUAGGGUUAAAUGAAUUAUAUUAAGAUGCCUUGAUAUUAUAUUAUAGCACUCCUUGAUUAAGAAGCUAAAAUGUUUUCUGUCAUUACUCCUUAAAAGACUUAAAUUUAGUUUGGGACAUUCUUAAUUGUAUUUUUCAGCAUCUCGUUUAUAUUAAUAUAAGAGUAAAUAUAACAUACGGAUAAUCAGAAACCCCUGACUUAAUGGGAAGAAAGGCCCAGCUCAUCACUACAGCUUUGUCCUGCCCCCUUUUUCUCCACUGUAGUUUCCUCCCUCUUGUUUCCUCCUGCUGACACUUUAAAAAUUCCUCCGCACCCAGUAGUUUUCAUGUCCCAUAAGCGUCCUCUCAGGAUAUUCUCAAAUUUCAAAAUGGAAAAUGUUCAGCCACGUAGUUCAAUUUAAAUUUUUACACAGCAACUACUCAAACAACUAGAUACAUUCAUCUGAGAAAGUCUCUGAGAACACCUCGUACUUUCUUCAGUUUAUGUAAAUUCUCUGAGAAUGUUCUAGAGAUAGACAACUCAUUUACAGUGGCUUCUAUUAACAAAUAAAAGUACCUAUGAUUUUUCCCUUUUUGCUCAGGGAUAAUGGGGAUUUCCUUUUACCUUCUGAGGUAGAAUUUUUUAAAUGGGGAGAAUAGGCCUUUUAAAUAUUGUCACAAGGGUCUACAGUAUAAACUACAACUUACACAUACUGCACAUGUUUCUUUCAGUUGUACAGGAAAAUGAGCCAACUUCUUUUCUUUACAUCUUUGGAGAGAACUUUAACUAGUAAACAGUUUUAUAACUAAGGGAUCAUCAAAGCUACUGUCCUGAUUCCUGAUAGAGGUAAAAAACAAAACAAAACCCUAUUUCCUUAGAACAAGAAGUGGCUUGUAAAUUCCUGAUAAUUUACAGAACUAGAAUAAAUUUUUUUUUUUCCAUUUUGGACCUAAAUCUGCCAAUUGGAGUAUGUGCAUGAAACAUGAAGUUACUUUUUAUAGAGAAUAAGUGCUUUUAAGUCCCUAAAAGUCUUGUCCCUAAAGUAACAAUGUUGGUAAUAAAAGCCUGACAGUCUGAAAACCCAAGUAGUGGUACCGUAGCAUCUGGUUCUUCUAUAGGAGUGGAGAGCGGCAGCUCAUUGUUGAGAGUUGCAUGCAGCAACCAAGUGGUCAGCAAUGAAAUAAAUACUUCUAGAAUGUU